AGUAUGCAAGAUGAUGUUUUUACUAUUUCUUCUCGCAGUUGGAUUUCAACAUGGAGAGGCAGAUCCAUGCGUGAACUACACAGAGUUACCGUUUGCAGACUUCAGAUUUGUGCACAAUAUGUACAAUACAGCAGAUGAACCGGUGAAUGACCGCUACUUGAAAUUUGCCUGGUAUCGGGCUGGGGAGGAGGACAUGCCAACAACCGUGCCAAAAUUCACAUCCUGUGGAACUAAAUCUCCAAUAUGGCUCAAUGGAACAAUACCGACGGUUUCUGCAAGGGAAGUUUCACGAACAGCUUGCGUUGUGGUCGAACCACUGUCUUGCGUACAAUCCUACACCAUCAAUGUCAAGAAUUGUGGCAAAUACCGUGUCUAUUAUCUUGGCCAUACUGAAGGAUCCGACCAAGGCUAUUGUUUCGGUGAGGGAGAGUCAGGUGAAAGGCCAUCAUACAUCCCUCCGAAAGUUGAAGCCGUUAUCGAUCUUACUCCUGGUAACUCUUUGAAAUCCUAUACAGCUUACUGUAAAUUUGAGAAGCGCGUUGAGAAGCCAGAGUUGUUUUAUCAGGUCACCUGGUAUAUUGAUGGAGUUUUCCUGACUUCGAUGAAGCCAGUUCAUUUCAAUAACAUCAAUUUCAUCCUUUUGAAUGAAAGCAACCUAGUUACCCUUGGAAAGAAUGUGUCUUGUUCUGUAAGGGCAAGAACAGCAACAAAAGGACCCCCAGGAUUAUCUGUAAAAAGUGCAGAGGUCUUCAUUGGAAUUAAGGUUUUAACUCCGUUCAUCACCAUUGUCAGAGGGAGUACCGGUGUUAUACGUCUACAACCCACGGUGCCAAUAGGAUGUUUACCUGAAGGAGACAAUUGCUAUUUCAAUGUAAUGUUGUUUACAAAACGGAGUGAUGAGUGUCGUGGAAUCACGACAUUUGGACAAUCGACAUGCGGGGCGACCAUUUUUACCAAGAAUUCGUCAAAUAUAUUAGAGAUAAAUGUGGCGACAGAUGAAGAAGAGGGACGUAAUAAGUUUGAGUAUCUGUUCGAUGUUGUUUUGCGAACGGAUACAUAUUACUUCCAUACUUUGUGGUCUAAAUAUACACUUCCCAGAAUUCAGGUCAGUGUAAAAGAUCAUGUCGGACUUUACAACGGCACAUGUCAGGCUAACAACGAUCCACACAUGAUGACAUUCGACCAAAGACCAUACGACAUCCAAUAUUCAGGGGACUUCAUAAUGUACAAGCAUACCCAAUACCCGAUACAGGUGCAAACUAGAUUUCGACCUUGUGACUAUGACAAAGCCCACAGAGGUGGAUCUCCGUUUUGUGUCUGGGGAGUGGCCGUCCAAGCUGGAAGAGAUGUGUUUGUUAUUGACAGAAAAAGCCAUCAGGCAGACUUUAGGGUCUGUAACGACUCCUCGUUAGACGUCCGGCAAAAGGACACACUAUCAUAUCGGAUUUACACUCCGUUAGGGUCUCGGAUUGAGGUGAACAGCAUCAGUUCCCGACUCACUGUCCAUAUAUACCCUUCUGUUAGAGACCCAGGGAGGACCGAAGGACUUUGUGGAACUUUGACAGACGACUGUACGGAUGAUUUUAAAAUGAGCAACAGCACAAUUUUCCAAAGUGCAGACACCAAAAGGGCAUGUAAAGGACUCGGACUCGGACAUUAUGACUUCAAUUUUAAACCAAAAGUUUUCUCCGAUUCAUGGCUCGUGAGUCAUGUCCACGGCGCUGUGAAUUUAUUUGAUCCUUCGCUGGAUCCAAAUGCCCUUAAGCCAUGGAAUAUUGAAUAUAGACGUUGCAAAUGCAAGUGGUUAGAUGGAAAACAAAACAACCAGAUAAAUUGCUCUGCUGCUAUGGUUUCAACCUGUCCAAGAACAGCGAGAGGGGAAGUCAAAAUAAACACUUGUAAAAUUCACAAAAUAUCAGAGGAAACCCGUUCAAGGCGAAGUCUUAAAAGAAACAGGAACAAAAGAGAUCUGUAUCAUCAGCGUAAAAGGAAGUCUACGCCAUCACAAGAAGAACACAUGACUGAAGCAGAAGCUCGGACCUACUGCCAGUCCACCUUAGGGAACUCAACGUUAUUUCAGUUGUGCGGAGAUAUACCUAACGUGGACACUAAUCAUUCCAUCCAGAUGUGUAUAAUGGAUAUCAUGCUUUCAAACUCGACUCAUUGGACCGAUUCUUCACGCGAAGCACUACAGAGCAGGUGCUUGGCAGAACUAGAGCUUAAUACCACUUUGGAGGAGAACGGUACUGCCGGACAACCUUCUAUUGCUGCAGCCAUAAGGAAGAUUGCUUGUCCCGGGAACUGUUCUGGUGCCGGUAGAUGCAACAACGGAACAUGUGACUGUAACAAGGGAAUCGGAGGCCCAGACUGCUCCAUAGACCUAAGCAUCCCACCAUAUUUUGAGGAACUUCUGGAUGACGGAAUGUGUGACAAACAGAGAUGGGAUUGUGACGUUGCUAUGGCCACAGGGGACGAUUUUAUAGCCAAGGGACAUCUCAAGUGCAAUAUGAAACCGUUCUGGUAUGACACUAACGGAGUGGUGCAUGAAGAAAACGAAAAGAUAGUUACGGCUGAGAUCCAAACCUUUAUGAACCUUUUUUGCCCGUUGACCCUGACCAGACGGAAAAGAGAUACUUCCGGCUCUCAUGCUGACAAAACCACUUUUGUAGAGGGGUACCAUGUGUCCCUCAGUAACGACGGAACCCACUUCGGUGAUGUACAAACGUUGUUUAUAUUUGACUCUAAGUGUCAAAACCCGACAAUGCACGAAGGAAAGCAAGCAUUCCUCUUGAAGAAAGGUUACUGUUUCAUUGACAACAGAUGUGUUGGCGAGAAUAACGUUAACCCUGCGGAUGUAUGUCAGAUAUGUAACCCUGCAGUGUCGUCUUACAAGUGGUCAACUCGCACUGCCAUGGCAGUGUGUAAACCUGUGGUACCAGAUAAAGACUACCUUUGGGUGAUUGGCGUCGUGGCAGGUGUCUUGGCAGCAGGUGUGGUCAUCUGUCUUGUCGUGUGGAGGAUAAAAGUCCGCAAACCGAAAAAAGUGAGCGAUUCAACAAUAUUCAACGACACUGCCAGAGUAGAACCUCGGAAAUAAUUGUAUGGUAGAACCGCUGUCAUCACUUGCUGGCU